AUGAAGAUGCUUUACUCCCUCGACUGGAACCCUCGCUCGCAGAUCGCGGCGGCGCAGAAGGCGUCCGACGACGGCCGGGCCAACGCCGACGCCGCCGGCAAGGAACUCGCGGCGCCCCAGGCCGAACUGGACGUCGCCCAGCGCAAGGCGGACGCUGCCCAGGGCAUCCGCUUCGUCUCCAAGGACCAGUUGACAACUCGACACCACUCCACGGCCGUGGCGCAGGUGUCGUUCAAAGUGGCCCUCUCCACGCUCUCCACGGUGCCUUGGACGCCACGGACAAGUCUGUCAUUUAUUUCACCUGUUUUGCACUAUCCUUCUGCCAAAUACGGGCACCAAGAGGGCAACGGCAGCCAAAUACAUCGUCACCCAUUCAAAUCCACCCGCAAAAUGUCAGCGCCAAUGCAAGACCCUGGAGAAAAGUCACUUUCAAGGCUCUUGGCCACACUGAGCACCAUCCUUCAUCCUACAACCUACGUUUUCGCGACCGUCAAAGACGAAGCAAAGUUACCACCCGUGUCGGCGAUUCAGCUCUUCUUCCGGGAGACAGAGGGCCUCACUGUGAUAACAAGCCUUGAUUACGCCAAAUCUCACGGCCUGGAGUAUUUCUUUCCUUGCAAGAUGAUUACGCUGGAUGUGACGUCCAGUUUGGAGGCGGUGGGGUUUAUGGCGGUGAUUGCGACCAGGCUGGCAACCAAGGACAUGGGAGUGAACCCCGUCAGUGGAUUUUAUCAUGAUCAUCUAUUUGUUCCUCUUGGGAGGGAAAACGAGGCAAUUGAGAUGUUGAAAGAGUUGGCAGAGGAGAAGAGGAGUGAAAGUACUAGUUGGGCAGGAGACGUAUCACACAAGUAG